CGCCAGCGGCAGGCGUUCCCGGGACGCCCCGCGCAUCCCUGCAGAUCCUGGUGCCCAGGAUCCCCAGGUGGACCCCUGUCUGGCCACACGCCCAGUUGGGUGAGCAGUGCGGGAUAGGUUGCGGAGAGCCGGAAGAAAAGACCCAGAGACUGCGAACGAGACAUAUAGGUUUAUUGGGAGUUACUUACAGGGAGGUCCAGUGGCGGCCGGCUGGACAGCAACGAGCAACCGCAGGCGGGGAAGGUGUUGCUUCUAUAGGCAGGGGCCACAAAGGCUAUAUGCUUGCCAAGGGGCUGUCCCUGGUACGACCAGCGUUCCAGAAACAGUAGCUCACGUGGAGGAUCUCUGUGUCCCUUUAAGACGUGAUGUUCUUUGAGUGAGAUAAGCUUUUCAGAGUUUCAUAGAAGUUCUCAGUGCCACCUUCUGUGAUGUCAUCCCCCAAAGGAAGUCGAGCCCAGAAGACGAGGCUGCCCGUUUUUACACGAAAGGGGCCUCUGGAGGUGCCAUCCCCAACAGAGAAGGACUGGUCUAAAGAUGAUGAAGAGGAUUAUGUAUUCAAGGACCCAGAUGAGGAGCUAGAUUCCCUGCCUCAGCCUUAUCGAAUGAUCAACAAGCUGGUGAACCUUCUGUUUGACCGGUCGUGGGAAGUUAUUGAGGAGAGGGACACAUUGAGGAAAUCUGAGCUCAGCUGGAUCCAGCCCACCAUCUACCCUCCACUUGUAGAAAGCAAGCUCAACAACAUGCCGAAUUGUAUGGCUGUUUCCCAAGACUAUGUGUUUAUUGGAGGAGCCAAAGGAUUCUCCAUCUAUAAUCUCUACAAUGCUAAACAAGUAUAUGUUUGGGAGAAACUUAAGGUUGAUGUCACUUCCAUCUGGGCCACAGAUUUGGGGAGUGAAAUACUUAUUGCUCCUGUGGAUGAAAUGGGUAUCAUUAGACUGUUUUAUCUUUAUAAGGAUGGUCUUUUCCUAAUCAAAGCCAUUAAUGAAGUGGAUGACACCAGCAAGCAAACCACCUGUAUAAAGAUGGAGAUUUCUCAAGGAGGGGACUUUGCAGCCUUCCUCCUACAAGGAGCGGGAGACAUUUGGCUGGAUGUGUAUAAAUUGCCCAAGGAGUCUUGGCUCAAGGAAGUGGAGCACCCCCAACUCACUAUAAAUCCAAAGAAAAAAGUCAGACAGCUGCAACUGAACACUCUUGAUCCCGUGACUUCAGAUAAUUCAGAAAUGGAUAUAAACAUUUGUUUUAGAGGAGAUGUUAAGUUGAGUCUUCCAGUUCACAUAAUGAAGAUCAAACCACCCAAACCAGUUACAGGUACCACAUUUAAAAGCCCCCUGGAAGUCUUUGCAAAGCUAGAGGACUGCUGGGGGCUGGGCUCCGGGCAGAGCCACUUCAUCAGGGAGAGGCAGUGGGAGCAGCAGGCAGCCAUCUUCACGGCCUCCUACAAGAAGUACCUGGAUGGGGAAUGGAACGAGGGGCCGCUCAGUAUGGCCACCUUCCAUUUCCUCCUUCCUAGCUGCAUAACUGCAAUGCCAGCGGACGUCAAGAGCCCCUCAGGGGUAGCCUGUGUCCUUGGCGUACACUGGACUGGAAGUCACAACUUCUUCCUCUAUUCACUUAACCGAACUCUGAAGGAUAAAGUUGACCCCGAGGGCGUGUGGCCCUGUGCUGCACCCAUCGCAGUCUCUCAGCUCGGCUGCUCAUCCUCCUUCCUGGUGCUGGCCUGCGAGGAUGGUGUGCUCACGCUGUGGGACCUGGCCGGAGGAUUCCCUCUCGGGGUCGUCGCUCUUCCUGAGGGGUGUUUCUGCCAAAGCGUUCACUUCCUAAGAUACUUCUUAGUGCAUGAAGGACGGAAUGUGUACCCCGAGGGUCCAGUGAAAUCCCAAAUGAAAUGUGUGGUGCUGUGCACAGAUGCUUCUCUCCACCUGGUGGCUGCCCAGGGCACUCAGGGACCCACCAGCAGUGUGCUUGUUGAGAGGCCUGCAAAGCACCUGGAUGAAGCCAUCUGUGCCGUGGCCCCCGUCCCAGCCUUACCUGGGAUGGUGCUGAUCUUUUCCAGGAAUGGCUGUGUGCACCUCAUGGAUGUGGCCAAGCCUCACAUCAUCUGUGCCUUUGCUCCCCCAAGAUCCUACCGUCUGGUGGUCCCGUGGACGCCAGUGUUUGUUGUGUCUUCACACCACCCAUGUUUCCUGCUCCGAGGAGACCAUCCAGAUGAAAUUGAAUCCACCGAAGACGACAAGAACAUCCAAAAUUCUGUUUUCUAUUUUAAUUUUGAGGCCUACCCACUCCUGGAAAACAUCUCAAGAAAUUGCACCGUUCCUCAACCUGACUUCACAGAUAAUGUGGUCUUCUCCCAGGGGUUGCCCUUGGAGAAAAGAUGCGCCAGUUUCCUCCAGAAGAGGCAGAGUUCUAGGUCUGUAGCCCCUCCCUGCUCCUGGGGUUGUCUCUGGGUUAAGGCACGGUGUGGUUCCUUCGAUGGUAAGAUGCGCUCGGCGUUUACAUUCUCCCUUCAGUGAGGGAUUCCACCAUAUCAGAGCUCGUGAGCCGUACUCCAAUCCCCGUUUGCUCUGGAGAGGAGUGAUGAAUUCAGGCUGGUGGAAAAGAAGGGCUGCCAGUUGCUGUUUUCUUCCUGUCGAGACCCUCUUUCCUUUCUGCUUUCUCAAUUCUUUUCUUUUUUUUUAAGCAUAUUUGGAUUAUUAGAUGCAGUCAUCUAAGACAGGGGUUGGCAAACUAUAGCCUGUGGGCAAAUUGGGCCCGCUGCCUGUUUUUGCAAAUAAGGCUUCGUGGGAGCCGUCA